UGUUGUUCUACUCCAGAGACAGGGCUUCAUCUCUCUGACUGACAGCUGUGGCUCCUCUCUCAGGCUCCAUCAGAUACACUGGAUGUGCUGGACCACAUGUGCUCCCAGUGUUUCAGAGGAGAACACAAUGGACGAGCUCAUGUGGGGUGAAUGAAGAAAUGUUAUGAGGACAUCACUUCUUUGACAAGCUCAGCUGCAGCCUCCUCUCUCCUCUCUCCUCUCUCCUCUCUCCUCUCUCCUCUCUCCCUCUCCUCUCUCCUCUCUCCCCUCACCCACUCGACCAGAAAGUCUUGUUCCAUCCACACUGGAAUUGUCUCACUUGGCCCCUUCACAGCUGCUCUCACCAUGACAACAUUUGACUUCUCGGAUAUAGCAGCGUUUCUGGACUGCCAUCCGGAUCUCUUCGAGGAGUAUCUGGUCCGCAAGGCGAAGUGUGACCAGGUCAGCAGGUGGUUGAAGGAGCAUCAGCCGUCGAAGGUGUCCACGGCCGAUGAGAAGCGCGGCGCCGCCUGCAGGGACCCGCUCUGGUCGGGCAACCCGGACGGGCUCCGGCGCCGAUCGUCCCACAUGGAGCUGCGGCGGAACUUCGCCCGGUCCAAAGCCACCACCGCGCACCGGACCUACGACGAGCACGUUAGUCAUAUCGACCACGAGUCCCAGUCCAGCAUGAGGCGCCGUGCGCUCCUGCGUAAAGCCAGCUCCCUGCCUCCGACCACCGCGCACAUCCUGAGCGCCCUGCUGGAGUCCAGGGUCAGCGUGCCCCAGUACGCGUCCAGCGCCAUCGACUACAAAUACCGACUGAAGGAAACCAACGAGCGAGAGUUUUUCCUGGAGUUAGUGAAGGACAUCUCCAACGAUCUGGACCUGACCAACCUGAGCUAUAAGAUCCUGAUCAACGUGUGCAUCCUGGUGGACGCAGACAGGUGUUCGCUUUUCCUCGUUGAGGGACCCGCGCACAAGAGGACCCUUGUGUCCAAAUUCUUCGACGUGCACUCGGGCACCACGGUCAGACCAUCCUCCUGCACACUGAACUCCAAUGAGGUGCAGGUGCCGUGGGGAAAGGGGAUCAUUGGGUAUGUGGCAGAGCACGGGGAGACUGUGAACAUCCCAAAUGCAUAUGAGGAUCACCGCUUCAGUGAUGAAAUAGACAAGUUGACCGGCUACAAGACUCAGUCCAUCCUCUGCAUGGCCAUCUGCAACAGUGAUGGAGAGGUCAUAGGUGUCGUGCAGGCAAUCAACAAGAACCCCAUGGGCAGCCCCUUCACUGAGGAUGAUGAGAAGGUGCUGCAGAUGUAUCUGCCAUUCUGUGGAAUAUCGAUUUCCAAUGCCAAGUUGUUUUCAGAGUCUCGCAAGGAGUAUGAAAGGAGCAGGGCUCUGCUGGAGGUGGUCAACGACCUGUUUGAGGAGCAGACCGACCUGGAGAAGAUUGUGAGGAAGAUCAUGCAGCGAGCUCUGACCCUCUUGCAGUGUGAACGCUGCUCUGUGCUUCUCCUGGAGGACAUCGACUCACCUGUUGUAAAGUUCUCCAAGACGUUUGAACUCAUGUCGCCCUUGUGCAACUUGGACCGUGACAUCAGCUUGGAGAAGCUGUCGUGUUCUGAUUGGCUGAUCAAUAACAGCAUUGCUGAGCUGGUGGCUUCCACGGGACUGCCCGUUAACAUCAGCGACGUGUGUCAGGACCCACGCUUUGAUGCUGAGGCGGAUCAGGCCUCAGGGUUUCACAUCAGAUCAGUGUUAUGUGUCCCGAUCUGGAAUCGAACUCAUCAGAUAAUUGGGGUCGCACAAAUUCUGAACCGACUGGACAGGAAGACUUUCAACGAUGCAGAUCAGAGACUGUUUGAGGCAUUCGUCAUUUUCUGUGGACUUGGAAUAAACAACACAAUGAUGUACAAUCAGGUUAAGAAGACUUGGGCCAAGCAGUCUGUAGCACUGGAUAUGUUGUCCUACCAUGCUACCUGCUCCAAGGUAGAAGUGGACAGACUCAAGGCAGCCAAGAUCCCCCUGAGCAGUGAGUUAGGCAUCGAUGAGUUUUACUUCAACGACUUCUCUUUGGACAAUGACGCCAUGAUCACUGCGUCACUGAGAAUGUUUCUGGAACUUGGUGUCGUGCAAAAGUUUAAAAUUGACUAUGAGGUUUUAUGCCGCUGGCUCCUGACUGUGAGGAAGAACUAUCGGACUGUGGUGUACCAUAACUGGAGGCAUGCUUUCAAUGUGUCCCAGUGCAUGUUUCUUAUGAUCACAACAGCCAAUUUUCAAGAUGUCCUGUCUGAGGCAGAGAUACUGGCCCUGAUGGUUGGCUGCCUUUGUCAUGACUUGGACCACCGAGGCACCAACAAUGCCUUUCAAGCCAAGACAGGUUCGGCUCUGGCUCUGCUCUAUGGGACGUCAGCCACGCUGGAGCAUCAUCACUUCAAUCACGCUGUCAUGAUCCUACAAAGUGAGGGUCACAAUAUCUUUGCAAACCUCUGCUCUAAGGAAUACAGCAAUAUGAUGCAACUAUUGAAGCAGGCUAUUCUCUCCACAGACCUUACUUUGCACUUUGAGCGCAGGAACAAGUUCUUUGAGUGUGUUCUCUCUGGAGACUACAGCUGGACGGAUGAAGAACACCGAGAAGUUCUCAGGUCUAUGCUGAUGACAGCAUGCGACCUGGGCGCCGUCACACGUCCUUGGAAGAUCUCCAAACAGGUUGCAGAGCUGGUGACGAGUGAAUUCUUUGAACAAGGUGACAGGGAGAGGUCUGAGCUGAAGUUGACCCCAGCAGCCAUAUUUGACCGUAAUCGCAAAGAUGAACUACCAGUGUUACAGCUGGAGUGGAUAGAUGGGAUCUGUAAGCCGCUUUACCAGUCCCUGCUGAAGCUCAACAUGAAGUUGGAGCCAAUGGUCGAACAGAUUGAUGCCAAUCGAAAGAAGUGGCAGGAUCUCUGUUCGACCUAUCAGCAGACGUGCUCUGGGUCCAAUGAGAGCACGGAAUCAGAUCACAGUCCCGAGCCCCACGAGGAGGCAGAGACCAAUCAACACCACGAGUCCACAGAGUCUGUGAGGCCUGUUGAAAACGCCAAGUUUGGAUCCAAGUCGAAGUGCAGCCAGGGUCUGAGGUGCAGAGAGAGCGAAGAGUGCUGUGACGAUCAGUCAGCUGACAGCACGACACCUGCAGGAAAGAAGUAAAGCACGCAAAGUGUUCAAAUAUGUUUAUCCAUUCUAAUGACUCGCAUGGGACUUUUCCCAUAUGCAUCCUGUGAUUUUCUAAUGCUCUACAUGCACUAACCAAAAGUGUGUCACUGUGUUAGACUCAGGAGCGGGAAUAAUUCCUGUUUAUCACACUCUAAAGGGCAGUUUCCCGUAAUAUCUAUCUAUCUAUCUAUCUAUCUAUCUAUCUAUCUAUCUAUCUAUCUAUCUAUCUAUCUAUCUAUCUAUCUAUCUAUCUAUCUAUCUAUCUAUCUAUCUAUCUAUCUAUCUAAAGACAUCUAAGAGUGAGGGUCUGAUGAAACCAAAGAGGGCCAUGUAUAACAGUAAUGCUUUUGAAUGGGAACUGCCUCGAACACACUCUCUCCCCUUGCCAAUGCCUUUACGAAACAAAAGGAAUCACUGUGAUUUCUCCCUGUCACUUAGAUUGCUGCCAUUAUGAAUGUAGACCAGAGCUCCGAGCUUGUUCCUGAAUGUUUCUUACCGAUAUGCUUUCUUACCUCAGUUGCAAACCUUUGGCUGCAUGGCGUUGUUUUCUGUUACCUGAGCCUCCAGCCGUCGACUUUCUGUGGUCUUGUGUAUUACUGUAUGUUUGCAUCAUGUGGGUGUACACCCUCCUACUUCCUUGGAAAGUGAUGACACAGAGGAUUACAAAGAGGAAGAUACAUUAUUUUGCUUCUUAAAGUAACUGGUUUACUCUUUUUGGAAAAUGUAUUGUUUCUAACUAUAGUGAUUUUUUUAUUUUUCACCCAAGUGAGACAAACACAUACUUGUAAAUCUAUUCAUUUGCCUAAAGCCUAAUGUACUUUCUUGUUACAUGUGCCAUUGACUUUAUAAAUAUGCAUCAGCCGAGCAAAGUUGAGCUCAUUUCAUUCUCCAGUUUAUCUUUAAACCGCACACAACAGCAUGAAAAACAUCUACGAGCGUUAGCGCUGCUUAUAGAAGAUUUCAUUAUUGUAGAGUAUAAACUGUGUUUCUUUAGUUUGUGAUUCACCAUCACUAAUUCAGACCGGACCGCAUGCUGAUUAUGUUCAAACUGCAUGUAUCAUAUUUGAUGUAUAGACACUGGACUUUAUCUCGAUGCCUUUGAAUGCCCUAUGAGAUUUGCUUUGCAUGAAACUGCUGUAAAGGUAAAUACCAAGUGUUGUAACGUGACAAUAUUGUUGCUGUACUAUUACUUUUGUCAUUGAGGACGGAUAAAGAUUUCUAUUUUCGAUCACAGACUGUACCAAAAUUAUACAUUCGUUAUUUUUCAUACACCGGACUAUAUUUAUGCAAGAUGUAGAAUUGGCAUUUUCUCCUGCUAUUUAUACACAGUCUAAAAACAGCUUCUCAGAGAAGACAGGGAUGUGUCACAUUUUAGAUAAAAGGGAGGAAAUUGACUCCAGAUGAGGUUUUGUGAAUAAAAUGCUGUGACAUUGAAA